AUGAAUACUCGAGAUGAGAGAUCAACCUCUUGUGUUGGCAACAACGACAACAAUAACAUAAACAUAUGUGUCAGCCCCACAGAAUUGACUGUUACCGAUGAGUAUGUCCCUGCUAUAAUUCGGCGAAGCAACUCUUCUCCUAUUCUGUCAGAUUUAACCUCGUUAUUCACUAACUUAAGAACUAAUGAGGCCAAGGAUACUCUGAUGUCAGAUUCGUCGUCUAGAAUGUCUAUCAAGAAGUUGUUGCAUUUUAGCAAAUCCGACGACGACUUGAAUGAAUCAACAAAAUCUGUGCGAUCAAAUGGUAUCUUCGGCAGACGAUCUUCUGGAUCAAAGAGCCCAAGUUCAACGGGAGAUGCUUCUAAUGACGAAAUAUUAGCUGAUGUGGAAUUGAAUCCGCUUUUAGCGAAAAGUAUAGGUCAUAUCAAGAUCCCUGAUAUUUUUCUCAAGGAGGGUCUACCUUUACUCAAAGUUUCCCAGAACUCAAAGAAGAGGAUAUUGUUCAAGAUAGACCCGAUCAACUUCAAGUUCACCUGGAAAAAUGCAUUUUCCUCUGUUUCCAUGUCGGCUUCAAGUACAUUGCAGAGAUUGGUGGUACCCAAUGCGAUGCAUAGCACAAAGGCGAAGAUGUAUGAGUUUUCCUUGGACAAUAUCAAGACUAUAGCUUUUCAAAAGGAUGGCUCAAAUUAUAGAGAAGAAUUGCACAUUUCGAAGGAAUUUGAAGAUCAAUGGAUUACUAUUGUUUACUUCAAUGAGAAAAAAGGAAAGAUGAAAUCCUUGCACUUAUUGGCGGAUACAGAACAUGACUUCAAAAGGAUAAGCAAUUCAAUAAAGAACUUGAGAAGUUUGCGGCAUGACUUAGCACGAGAACUUUUUGUCGAUUUCAAGGAAAGUGACAAGAGCGAAAAGGAUAAGAUUGUUAAAGGGAUGAUCGAGGAGAGUGAUAAGAGUGUUAGAGAAUUCUUGUCUUUUGAAGACAUUCUCAAAUAUUCCAAGCGUUUGAAUAUUAAUAUAAACAGGGGUUAUCUUCGGUCUAUUUUUGAUGAAGUCAAAAAAGUCAACGAUAAAGAAGACGAAGUUUGUGGAAAUGGUCUAAAUUUUGAUCAAUUCAAAUUGUUCGUGUCGACUUUGAAGAAGAGAAGCGAUAUCAUGGAAAUCUGGAGUUUGGUUUGUGGAUCUGGUCAAUCUAUGACUUUGGAAAUAUUCAAGCAAUUCAUCAUCCAAGUUCAGAAGGAUAGUAUUGAAAAUGCAGUGCUACACAAGAUUUUUAAAAAAUUCUGUGUGGAUACCUUGGACUACUGGCUUCCUGAAAACUUCAAUAACUUUCUCCUAUCUAAAUAUUCUACUGCUAUACAACAAAUAGAGGAUGAAGAACAGUAUAUGAGUUAUCCAUUGAGCGAGUAUUACAUCUCAUCGUCCCAUAAUACGUAUUUGGUGGGAAGACAGGUUGCAGGGGAUUCUUCCGUUGAGGGAUAUAUUAGGGCCCUACAGCGUGGAUGUAGGUGUGUCGAGGUUGAUGUGUGGGACGGGGAGGUAGCAGAAAGUGAGGAAGGAGUACAGUUUCAACAUGAUAAAGAGCCAAUUGUCAAUCAUGGUAGGACAUUCACAACUGCGAUUUCUUUCUCGAAUGUUAUCAGUACCAUUAAAAAGUAUGCAUUUUUCACGUCUCCAUACCCCCUUGUUAUUAGCUUAGAAAUCAAUUGUUCUGUAGCAUCUCAGAGAAAGAUUGUGGAUAUUUUGAAGAACACAUUAGGAGAUACAUUAAUUGCUACUCCAAUUUUAGACAACGCCACAUUACCAAGUCCUAAUGAAUUGAAGCACAGGAUACUCCUUAAAGUGAAGAAAACAAGCCCAUUUCACAACUUGAUUCCGAUGGAUGGUAGUUAUACGACUGGAACUUCGACCUCGACAACCACGACGACUUCUUUUAGUGAGGAUAAUGGAACUGGCAGAUCAUCCAGCUUUAGUGUCCGAAGCAAAACCAAAUCAACAAAAAUUAUAGACGAAUUAAGUGAUCUUGGAGUAUAUUUUCAGGGUCUCAAAUUUCGAAACUUUUCCCUACCAGAAUCCAAAACAUACAAUCACUGUUUCUCGUUGAGCGAGAAAUCAAUAAAUUCGAUGUUGAAGGACGAAACUAAAAAAGCGUCAAUUGAUAAGCACAAUAGAAGGUAUCUCAUGCGAGUUUAUCCAUCUAAGAUUCGAGUCCGUUCAUCCAAUUUUUUGCCCCUUAAGUAUUGGGAGCAUGGGGUCCAAAUGGUUGCAACGAAUUGGCAAACCUAUGAUUUAGGGCAGCAAAUAAGCGAGGCUAUGUUUGACAGUGUCGGAAGAAAAGGCUAUGUUCUUAAGGACACUUCGCUAAGAAAGCCUUUGCUUAAAUCCUUGAGAAAGCAAGUUCUGAAGUAUUCCCCUGGAACUUUUGAGGUGAAGUUUGAUUUUGAAAUCAUUAGCGCUCAUCAAUUACCAAAAUCGAAAGGUGAAGAAAAUGCCAUCAAUCCGUUUGUGCAAUUUGAAAUAAUCGGGGCAACCACAAUUGAGUGGGAUGAUAAUUCAAUGGCUCUAGGCAAAACCAAGAUCGUAUCUGAGAAUGGAUUUAACCCUAGGUGGAACCAAACAUUCAGUGGAAAAAUGACUGCAGCAAACAAUCUAGUGUUUGUUAAAUUUACUAUAUUUGCUUCAGAAUCUAAAACUGAAGAAAUCGAAGCAAGUCCAAUUGGAAUUUGCGUUGCUAGACUUAAUAAUUUGAAGAGGGGCUAUAGAUAUCUUAAUGUUAAUGAUCUAUUUGGGGAAGAGUUAGUUUACUCUUCGUUAUUUGUUAAGAUUCAGUACGGUUAA